GUUGAUGCUGCUCACACCAUCCAAAUUCAAUCCCCGAUCACGCCAAAAAACUCAGAAGCAAUACCAGAACACUCGGAAACAAAAGAGCUGCCUCCCUCGUCGUCCAGCGAACCACUUUCCCCAGUCGACCCCUCCGAGCUCCAUCCACCCCCAGAAUUCGGUUCAUUUUCCUACUUUUCCCGUUGGUUCUGGUGGCUCCUCGUUGCCUACUUGUUUUUCGCCCAGGCGACCGCGAUCGCCGAGUGGUUUGUCCCCGCGAUCGAGGUGGUGUGUGAGAAGUACGGGAUUCCGGAGGAUGUGUCGGGGGCGACGUUGAUGGCUUUGGACGUAGUUGCGGCGACUCUGUUCACAAAUUUGAUGGCACUCUUCGUGACGCAGUCGGAUUUUGGGGUGCAAACGAUUAUCGGCUCGAACAUCUUCAACCUCCUGUUGAUCCUCGGAAUCAGCAUCCUCGCUUCGCCGAUACAACCGCUAGUUGUCGACAAGUGGCCGUUUUUCCGGGACUGUUUCUUCUACCUGCUGUCGGUCGGCCUGCUCUACUGGGUCUUGCGCGACGGGGUGGUUACGCUACGCGAGGCCUUGGUUCUGCUAACCUUCACGGGAUUUUUCUUUUGCGCCGUCGGAUACACGGACCGGGUUCUGGUUUAUUUCGGGGUGCGAGAAAUAAAUGGCGGUUUUUCUGCUUUAAGCUCGAGGGAAGAAGAGGAGGUCAAAGACGCAGCCAGCGAGGAUCUCGAAUGGUCUUCUGACUGUCCCUUUGUCCCAAUGGAUGAGCAAGCGACCAUCAGCGUCUCGCAGACGUCGCGAAUGGAAUGCAGAACCACUGCCACAAGUCACAAGCUGGAGAUACACGAUAGUCAUUUUGUCGCCGAAGGACUGUGGGAAAGGAAUUUUGCGACAUCCUCGGGCGGGGGCGGACUAUGUAACAAGCAAUCUCGUUCCAGCAAUGUGAUCGGGACAAGUGGUUUGUCUUGCGCAGUGGAGAUGACAAGCGCGAAAGGCAAUUCACUUUGCAGUGCGUCGGGCAGGGGGCAGAAAGGAGCAGCUCCCGCCUCUACGCUUCAUGCGUUGUCCCCCAUGGGGCUAGCGUCCCCUUUGCUAACCAGUGGCGAAGAUGACAUGUCGGAUGGGUCAACCACAGCGCAUGAUAGUUGCAACGACGAAGCCGUUAUUGGGGUGACAUCGGAGUCUAAAGCAUUCUCAUCGACAACAACACCCAGGAGCGCAAAACAGCAGCAACAGCAGAGUAAAAAACUUUACUUCCGCGAUAUCCUGGGCACGACGCAGCUCGAAGGCCCGACGCAGAUCAGCUUUCGGGACAAAAGUGACGAUACUAUCCGCUAUUUCAUCACGUUCUCCUCUGAAGCCGUAUUAGGCCAGGUGUUGGAUCUGAUGGACAAACAGGCCCGAGACAAGAAAUCUCAGCAACGCAUGUCCUCCCCGAAAUUUUCGGUGACUGGCAAUAUAUCGCAAAUCUGCAGCCCCGGAGUGCGGAAUUGUCAGAAGGCGUAUUUGGUGGCAGCCCUCCCCAUCAACUUCCUUUUCGAAUCCACCAUGCGGUGGUGUGACCCGAAGAACCCGAAGACUGAGUCCCUUUGGCUGGUCGCGUUUACCAUCUCCAUGUGCUGGCUCGCGGUUUUUUCUUACAUCCUGGUCACGGUGGCGGACAUCAUCAACAUCCAAUUCCACAUCACGCAGGCCAUUCUCGGGGUGACACUAUGCGCCGCCGGGACGUCGUUUCCGAACCUCUGGGCGAGUUACAUCACGGCGAAGGAGGGAAAAACUUCUAUGGCAGUGGCGAAUGCGCUGGGCUCGAAUGUGCAGAAUGUGUUCAUCGCACUGGCGUUGCCCUGGGUCGGGAAGACGUUGGUUUCAGAGAACCAUGAAAUUCCCAUGGUCACUCCGGGGAUUAUGGACGGAGUCGCGUGGAUGGGAGGCACUUGGCUGCUACUGGUGCUGCUCGCAGUUGGAAACGACUAUGCCCUGCAGCCGUGGAUGGGAUAUUUGUUUCUCAAGCUCUACCUCGUGUAUUUGGUGGAUGCGUGCUUCAUUCAUACGAGUUGAGUCUGUGAAAGCCCUACCACGGAAAUCAAGCGACGAUAUGAAUGGGAGCAAGACGAAAGCGGUAAGGAUGUCCACAUCAGUCACAGACCGCGUUUUGAAGUUCCGCAAGUAAGAAGUAGACCAUGAAGCGACAAGUAAGUACACGUAAGUAGUGAUCAUUAUUUCAGCUGCUGACGAGAGUGAGACGCCGCCACGCGCCGGCGAUGAUUGGAAAAUGUGUUCCUGAAGUACAACGGGGAGAAUAUUUUUGGUAAAACAAGGAAUCAAGUUGAGGUCAUGGAAUCAAGUUAACUGGAAUCAAGUUAAACCCGGAAUCAAGUUACAUGGAAUCAAGUUAAACCUGGAAUCAAGUUAUAUAGAAUCAAGUCACUACCUGGAAUCAAGUUGAAUGGAAUCAAGUAAACCACCACAACUUCACUUCCAUCAACCCUUCGCCUCGCAAUGCCUCCUUGGAAGAAUCUAUCUGUUGCUCUUUUUGUGUUUUGUGAUUGCCAUACCCUCGUGCCUAAA